UCGGUUCCAGACUCAACAUCCCACGAUGGCUUGUUUCGAGACUGCCGAAGCAGAAAUUGCGUUCGAGGACAUUCAGCCCUUAACAUCUUGGGCUGAUUCGCUCGACGAUGAAGACGACGAAGGUGAGGUGUCCGAUGUGCCCUAUAUACCAUCGUGGGCCAUCAUGGAUGUGACCGAGGAGGCGGCUAUAGAUCCAGAGCCUUCACCUGCCGUCCCGGAGAGAGCAAACAUUCGUGAGUUAUAUCUUUUUAUUUUUGACCAACUGUGUUUGAUCACUUACAGAGAUAAACGGACGUUUCUCUCACUAUUAUGGCCGACUUCAUGCUCUUAAUCUCAUAAAGUUUGAGAUGUUUGCCUGGAAUUCACAGACAGGCUGUGAGGAAAAAAAGCUCCCAAAAUGGCCCUCAAAUGUUACACUUGCUAAAUGAAAUGGCUAAAAAGUGAUAAACUAUGUGAUAUGUUUGAUUUAUCACUAUCCCUUCCUGUUUUUAUUGUUGUUAUUGCAUUUUUAUUACAUUUCAAGUCAAAUAAUGGCUAACAAAAUGCUUUCCAUUUUAAAGAAAUUAUUGAACAAAGGGUUAAAGAUGAGUCAUUGGAUGUACAGGUGUGUCAUUUAUCUACUUUUAUUGUUCUCAGCAGCUGUUGACCAGAGGAGUCAGAUGGGUGGACAAAAGAUGUCCAGGAGAUGUUCAAGAUGGAGAUCUUCUCAAUCUGAGGGUCACCGGUCUGCCUGUAGGACGCCCAGUGCAUCUCCUGGAGCUUCUGAGGCUUGGAGUAAUGGAAAGAACAGGUGGAUGAGGGAAAACAAGAAUACUUCCUCACAAAGGCAGGAUUCAGGUAGACGAGAGACGUCCACGAGAAACGUCACUCCAGCUUCUCCACCUCAGAAGAAGAGUUCUACACUGGUUAAACCAGAUCCACCCAAAUCGGAGACCUUGGUUCCUCCAGGACCUGCCGCUGUUCCAAAAACAGCUUCCUCACAAAGCCAGGAGAUAAAUGGACAAGAGACGUCCACAAAACCCAUCUCUCCAGCUUCUCCACCUCAGGGUCAACAUUCCGCCUUAAAGCUGGAGGAUUAUACGUCAGUGUCCAGUGCAUCUCCGGAAGGUUCUGUGGCUUCAAGGAAAGAAGAAAGGAAGAUUAUAAAAAAUGCAGUUUCUUUCUCACAAGAAACAUCCACAGAGCCUCCUGUCACGCCGGCUUCAGCUUCUGUAGAUUCAACGAAAACAAAGAGGAGGAUGAGAAAAAAUAAAAAAUCUUCCUUACAACUUGAGACGACCACAGAAGCCCCCAUCACGCCAGCUUCUCUGCCUCAACAGGAGAGUCCUGCGCAGAGGCUGGAUGAACCAGAUCCAGUAAAAUCUGAGCCCCUGGUACCUCCAGUAGAUGCUGCCGUUCCAAAAACAGGUAAAGGAACAAAUCAUUUNACGCCAGCUUCUCCGCCUCAACAGGAGAGUUCUGCGCAGAGGCUGGAUGAACCAGAUCCAGUAAAGUCUGAGCCCCUGGUACCUCCAGCAGAUGCUGCUCUUCCAAAAACAGUUUUAAAAAGUCAGGAGAUUGCUGGAGAGGAGACACAGAGGCAGGAGGCGAACGACACUGACACAUCUGUUGAAGACCUAUGUGAGCGGCUGGAGGAAGUACAUCUGUCCUCAAAGCCUCCUGCCAGAGCUACACAGUCUCCUGUACCUGAGCGUCUUCAGAUAGGCUUGAACUCCUCCAGCCCAUUUCAUAGACUGAACCCUCUUCGUCCGGCAACAUUUAUUUUUUACUUACCAUCCACAUUUGAAAUUGAACAUUUGUGUGAGCGGCUGGAUGAAUUUCAUCUAUCAUCAAAGCCGCUUGCCUCACCUAGACCAUCUCCUCCUGUACCUGAACGUCACUCCUCCAUCCCAUUUAACCCACUGAAGCCUCUGCAUCUAGCAACAUUUGUUUUUGAAAUACCAUCCACAUUAGCGGAAAUUGAAUAUUUUUGUGAGCGGCUGGAUGAAUUUCAUCUGUCAUCAAAAGUCCCUGCCGCACACAGACCAUCUCCUGUACCUGAGCAUCAUCAAUUAGGAUCGAACUCCUCCAGCUCGUUUAACCCACUGAAGCCUCUGCGUCCAGCAAAAUUUAUCUUCGAGUCAUCAUUUGCAGAAAUUGAACAUUUACGUAAGCUUCUGGAGGAAGUACAUCUGUCCUCAAAACUCACUGCCGCACCUAGACCAUCUCCGGUACCCGAGCGUCAUCAUUUAGGAUCCGCUAACAUUCAUGGAGCGAGCUCAUUUAAUAGACUGAAGCCUCUUCGUCCGGCCAAAUUCCUUUUUGACUCACCAUCCGCAUUUCGUUUUGGACAAGAGCAGAAGUCUGACUGCCAGAUGAGUGGGCAAGAAAGGUCCAUAGAGCCCCCUGUGACAGCGGACCCCAGAACAACACCUUCUCCAUCUCAGGGUCAUCGUUCUGCUCUAAAGCCAGAGGAUCGCGCUCCAGUCAGAUAUGCAUGUCCUAAAGUUUCUAGGGCUGCAAGGAAAGAAAAAAGAAAGAUGAGGAAAACUAAAAAAGAUUUUCAAAAGCGGCAGGAAGCGAACGGCACACUGAAGACCAUUGAACAUUUAUGUGGGCUGCUCGACGGACUCCGUCUGUCCACAAAGCCCUCUGCAGCAGCUACACCGUCGUCUGUACCUCACUAAACCUUGGCAGAGAGGCACCUGUAAUGCAGCCUAUGGACUCAAGCACAGGUGUAGUGACGAACUUCCGGUGUUGACAGGAUAUCAGUGUCCGGUUUACUUUUUAUAAAUGACUUCAAGGGAUAGCUCACCCAAAAACUAAAUUUUCCUUUUUGGGUGAACUAUCCCUUUAUCGUCACCUAAACAUGUAGAAAUAGUGAUGCAUAAGUAAACCGGAAACUGAUAUCCAGACUUCUGACAACAUCCGGCGUUUGACACUACUCUUGUGCACAGAGUCCAUGGAUGCCCAUCGAGCAGCAAAAUAAAAAAACAUCAAUAAAACAAUUUCAGCCUAUCAAAAGGUCACAAGAAUCUGGAGCGUCCAACCUCUGGCAUCAGCCACCUGUUCACAUAUUUACUUUUUUCUAUAGUGAAUGAUACGUAGUGCACUAGAUAGGGGAUAGGGAACAAUUCAGAUAGUAAUACUGUCUGUUGGGAUAAAUGAAACUGGUUCUUAGUGCAGCUUUGUACAAAUAUAGAUCAUGUUAUUUCAAUGGAUAGAUUUGAAAACUAUUUUGCCAUCAGCGGGCAGGUGGUACCUAAGUACAUGUUUAUGCCAUUUUAGUUCGAAUCAAACGCAAUCAUUUGUCAUAUUGUGGAAUUUUUGCUCUCUGUACACUAUUAAGCUUGUCUUGUUUUCAUGUCUCACCCUCGGGACACAUGAGUCGGACAGACCCAGCUCCAGUUUGACUGGAUGCUCAUCCCAGAUUCUCAGACACUAAAAGAUGACCACAGCUGAAGCCCGUGUCAAGCAAAAGGAGUCGCAUGGGAGGAGUCGUGGUGAUGGAGGGAUGCCGGAAAAGCUGAAGUAAGAAAAAGGUAUAUGUGGAUGCUUAAGUAUGCUCUGAAAGUGAUUGACUCUGGGCUAAAAGGAACAUCUGUAAAAGACAGAACUAUUUUUGAUAUAUGAAAUCCAUUCUAGAUAUGUAACUGUCCAGGUAUAACAUUGUGAGCAUAUACCGUCACUUGCAUGUGUCACAAGUGUUCUGUUGAAAAGCUUAAGAUGUGUUUUUGAUGUCUUUGUACGUGUUUACUUUCUAAUCUCAUGUCAUGUUAAAAAUAAAAAUACUCCU